GUUGUUAUGUGGCAGGGGAAGACGAUGAGGAAAGGAAAUGAAGGAGAGAUGACACGGGAACAGUACAUAUUGGCAACACAGCAAAACAGUCUGCCAAGAACUGAAAACCCUCCAUUUUAUCCAGUAGGAAUUUAUGGCUGGCGAAAGAGGUGCCUAUACUUCUUUGUCCUCUUGCUAUUGGUUACCAUGAUCGUUAAUUUAGCAAUGACGAUAUGGAUACUGAAAGUAAUGAAUUUCACAGUGGAUGGAAUGGGGAAUCUCAGAGUUACCAAAAAAGGAAUUCGUCUCGAAGGUAUAUCUGAAUUUCUACUUCCAUUGUAUGUGAAAGAAAUCCACUCCCGAAAGGAUAGCCCACUGGUCUUACAGUCUGACAGGAAUGUAACAGUGAAUGCAAGAAAUCACAUGGGACAGUUAACAGGACAGCUGACUGUAGGUGCUGAUGCAGUAGAAGCCCAAUGUAAAAGGUUUGAAGUAAGUUCCAGUGAAGAUGGACGGGUACUCUUCUCUGCUGAUGAAGAGGAGAUUGUCAUUGGAGCUGACAGACUCAAAGUCACAGGCACAGAAGGGGCUGUAUUUGAGCAUUCUGUGGAGACACCCCAUAUCAGAGCAGAACCUUCCCAAGACCUCAGGCUUGAAUCACCAACUAGGUCUUUGAUAAUGGAAGCUCCCAAGGGAAUACAAGUGAGUGCAGCUGCUGGGGAUUUAAAAGCCACCUGCAGAAAAGAAUUGCACUUGCAGUCCACAGAAGGGGAGCAGGAGCAGGCUCCACGUGUCAGUCCAGUAGCAACAUCUGUUUGUGGAGCUGAAAGGACUCCAGAUCUCUCCUCACACACCAGAAUAGCCUUUUUUGUUACUGUCCCUCUGCUUCACAGUUCUGCUCGGUUUCCCUAGUUCAGUCAUGAAGCUCCGAACAGCCUACAGGGCAACCUCUUCUGGCACGGGCAAGGAAGAAAUUGCUACCUUCUUGUCUGGCUUCUGGACAUUUACGAUAGAAGAAAGAAGAGGGGAAGAAAGUGGUUGUCUUCAUCAGGAAACCUGGAUCUUAAUAUCACCUUUGUCCAAAAGGGAGAAUAACACAGGUGCCUUUGCUAUCUACGAAGUGAAGCACAUUGUUUUAGAUUAUUGCAGGAACUGUAAAUGAGAAACUGCACAUAUAUACAUAUAGAUAGAUAGAUAUAAUGCUAUAUAAAUUUUCCCAGAAUCUAAAGGUGAGAUGAAUUGGUAUGAUAAAUAAUUCUACUGUCUGAAAGCACAAUUUUCAUAUGUCCAUCACUUUUGGAUGUAAACUUUUAUCCCUGAAUUUUAAAAUUUUGAAGCAUUCUGUAAUGCUUGCUUUACUAAACAAUUAAACUUCAAUUCUCAUUUUAAACAGCAAGAGACAGAAUCCCUCCCUGAGUGCCGAUCCUUUAAAAAAAAAAGGGAGGGGGGAAGCCUUGUUACUGUUUGUCUCCUACAUCCAAGGUUUUGUAGAUUAGGUUAAAAUUCUGGAAGCAUUUAGCAAUACUGUAUUACAUAUUCAGACUGAAAAUAACACCAAUUUUUACUUUUCUGCAGCUCUGUAAUGUUUACCUACGUAGCUACUGCAUGUAAA